GGCACCAAGACGGGAUAUACGAGGCCUCCCAAGAUGCUGCUGCUGCUAAGCAAGUGCAGACCUCACCGUCUUCCUACUUCACUUACUUGCACCCUGACCCAAAUAAAAUACACACGCGUCAGCUAGAUCCCAGCCUGAAGUUCUCCACUUUGAAUAGCUCCCAUGUUGACCUGCUGAAUGAAACGUGGGCCUACGGGGGCUGUGAACACAGUCGUGGGUACCUGGCCACUUUGGUGCACUCCUUCCCCAGCAGCUGCAUCCUGGACAGCAAUGGACGCCUGAUCAGCUGGAGUCUCCUUGAUCCUUUUGGUGCACUGGCACAUGGCUAUACCCUCCCAGAGCAUCGCGGUCGUGGCUACAUGGCUAUUGUCAAUAAAGUACUGGCCACACGUGUCCAUGCAUCUGGCUACCCUAUAUAUGGGAAUGUAGCCCUUGAUAACUUGCGCAUGCAGAAGUGUCUUGAAUACUGGGGCUUUCAGAGAUUAUCCCUAUCAUGUCAUUUUAUUUACCAUACCCCUAAACCCUCCACUGGAAGUAUAUAA